GGGGUGAAAAGUCAGAAUGAGGUGCCCGUGAGAAAGCUUCAUCCCAGUAUUGUGGGAUUUGCUGAUGAUGGGAAGAGGAGGGCAUGAGCCACAGGCCCUGGGUGACUUCUAGAAGCUGGAGAAGUCCAAGGCAGCCAGGAAUGACGGCACACAUCUGUGCUCCCAGCUCCUGGACUGAGGUCAGCCCUAAGUUAGCAAAGGUCAAAAACAAAAAAUAAAAGAGCAAAGGACUGUGUUGUUUUAAAGAAACUUCAGAAUAAAAUGCAGCUAGUGGACACCUUGAUUCCAACCAAAGAGACCUGCAAAGUCACAUUGCAUUGUCUGUGGCAGCUUGAUACAACAGCCAUGGAAACUAAGGUGUCUGAAUAUCUUUGGGAUUCCAGUGAUUUUUUAAUUUAAAUAUGAUUACAUCAUUUUUUCCUUUCCUUUUUCUUCCUCCAGCUCUUCUAAUGCACCUCCUUGCAACUUAUAGAAGAAGGGUUUUGUGUGCUUACAUUUCUAGAGGGAUAAGAGUUCAUCCCCAUCACAGUGGGGAAGCUUGGCAGAGGGAGGGCAUCAUGGCUGCAGCAGCAAGCUGAGAACUCACAUUUCAAACCACAAGCAUGAAGCAGAAAGUGAACUGAGAAUACCCUGGCUUUUUUUUUCCCAAUUCAUUUAACUUUAUCUUAUGUGCAUUGCCAUGAAGAUGACUGAUCCCAGGUUAUGGGAGUUCCAGACAAUUAGCCGACAUGUAGGCGCUGGGAACUGAACCCACGACCUCUGGAAGAGCAGCCAGUGCUCUCAACUGCUGAGCCAUCUCUCCAGCAUGGCUUUUAAAGCCCAAAGCCCAACCCCAGUGACACACUUCCUCUAGCAAGCCGUCCCUCCUAAACCUCCCCAAACAGCACCGCCAACUGGGGACCAAGUCUUCGAACGUCCAAGCCUGUGGAGGCAUCUCGUUCAAACCACAGUGAUGCAAGUAUCUGAGUCCCUUCUGUUUCUGUAAGCAACCUCUGCAACUAGACUUCAGCAGGAGUCUUACGCUGGCUGUCAUUGGUUCUCUGCUUGGGGGGGGGGGUGGCCAUUUAUCUUUAUCUCAGGAAGAGUGUCACAUGACACUAUAACACGAUGAAAGUGGCAUUGCCCCAAUCAGCUCCAGGCAAGUUCAGAAGACACAGAUGCGCCACAGACCCAAAUGACGGCUACCUGCACAAGGCCUGGCUCCCUCACGGUGGUCCUGAGUGGCAGCAUUGAGGGAGAAGUCCCCAAGGACACAGCUUCUGAAGAGCACCAUGCCAUCUUCCUACAUGAAGAGAAACACAAGAGAAAGCAGGCAAGGCCACGGGCAGUGAAGGAGGAAGAUACAUCAGACAUCACAGAGGCCUUUUUGCCCCUGGCCUUGCUGUCCCAUUCUCAGAAGAACUCCAAUCUCGGUGGUAGUAGUUGGCUACAUCGUACCCCUGAGCACUGGAGUGGGCUUAGACACAGGUGUUCUAUAUCAUUCUACAUGAAGGUCUGCUAGACAAGGUUUCUACAUCCAAAGGGUCACAUGGGAGGUCUGGGGCUGUGGCAGCCAUUCUGUAACCACGAGGCAGGCUGAAAGGUCACGCACAGAGCUAGUGAUGCUAUCCCUGAGCCUCUCAGAUGAACACACUCUGAGACUUGCGACAGGGAUGAGCCAGCAAGGUCCACCACUUUAAGUCCAUAGCAUCCUCACUGCUACUAGAGCAGUCAGCAGAGGAACCUAAAGAAGGGCUUGGUAAUGGAAGAAGGGGGAGCGGGUUUGCUGCCUGCAAUGGCGGCUAAUGUUCCUGGGUCCUCACCCCUGCCUCCAGUGCAGUUCUGGACACCUCACACCUACUAACUGCUUAAACCCUAAGGACACAUCCUUUUUUUUGUUUUUUGUUUUUUUUGUUUUUUGUUUUUGUUUUUUUUAACAGAGUCUCACUGCCUCUGUCUCUCAAAGGCUGGAAUCAUACCAGGCCUUUGUUUUUUUAUUUUGGUUUGUUUAAGACAGAUCUCACCAGACUGGCCUUCCUCUCCCAGCAAUCCUCUUGCCUCAGCCACUGGAGCCCUGAGAUCCUGCUAUUACAAACUGCCUCUCCGUUCUCAACACUUGCCCCUUAAGGCCGACUCUUGAUAGUUGACAGUAUCAUGACACUGGACAACCCAAGAGGAGCCUUUGGAAUGUCACACAGCCAGGAGAGCUUAGGAAAGCUCUGGACGUGGCCGACCACAGGGCUCCCUCCUGACAGCGCGGCUCCCUGCACCCAGACAGUGGCUCUCCCUCCUCGGUGGCCGGGGAUUAGCUCUCUGAGGACUAGCGACGGGAUUAGCACGCGCGAAAGCGGCGCCCGGCCCGGGGAUUACCGCACCUCCCACCCCCGACGUAUAUAUUCGGCCGCUCGCGCCGGCGACCCGCGGGCAUGGCGACUGCAGGCAGCGCGGCGAGCCGCAGGGACCCUGGACGACCCUGCCCGUUCUCCAUCGAGCACAUCCUCUCCAGCCUGCCUGAACGCAGGCCCGCGGCGCGGCCGCUGCAGCCCGUCGGUGGCCGGAACCCCGCUGAGCCCGACGAGCCUGAGGCGCCUGCCGCCGCUGCGCCCUGCGCCUGCUGCUGUUGCUGCGGCCCGCGAGCAGCACCCCGCGGAGUCCCGGAGCCCGCGUCCGGACCCGGGGGCGGGCCCCGGGAUCUCGCAGGGCGGCCGGCGGGGCGAUCUCGGCUCCAACCCUAACCCUCACCCUCUGCCUGACGCGCCCUCGCCCCGCCCCGCAGGCGUGCGGCUAGCGUGGCCGCUGAGGCUGGCACCCGCCGCUCCCUCGCCCCUGACGGCGCCGAGCGCAGGCUCGCCGGCGCUGACCGGCACGAGCGGCCCCGGCCCGCAGCGGCGCACGCGGCGCCACCGCACCAUCUUCAGCGAGGAGCAGCUGCAGGCGCUCGAGGCCCUCUUCGUGCAGAACCAGGAUCCCGACGUGGGCACGCGGGAGCGCUUGGCUGUCCGCAUCCGCCUGCGAGAGGAGCGCGUGGAGGUCUGGUUCAAGAACCGCCGGGCCAAGUGGCGACACCAAAAGCGUGCUUCGUCAGCGAGGCUCCUGUCUGGAACCAAGAAACCUCCCAAGGACAGCUGUUGACAGUGUCUGGAGGUUUGGGCAGUGACGUGGAGCACAAGAAAGUAGGAGGGAGGGAGACAGACCUACUUGAACAGAAACUAAGAGAGGACCGCAGUCUUCCAGCUGCCCAGUGCUGAGAGAGAGGGAAUCCAAGACCUCCUCACCUAUGAAGGGAGGGCACAUGGGGCAGGAACCAGAGAUCUCCUGCAGGAUUAAAGCCGGUGGAUGGUGGCAAGGCCUCCUGGGAUUUGCUAUGGCCUCUAAGUACCACCAACUUGCUUCACAGGUCCUGGUGUGGUGAUAAUCUGUGAGAGAUGUGGUCCAUCCAUGAAAGCUAAACUCUAGAACCAAUGGCAGGAGGUCUUGGCACUGUGUAAAGAUGGCUGGUUUGGAGAACACUGAGCAGGCAUGUAUCCCCAGCCAGAGCUGUUCUAACACUGCCAGAGACCUCCAGGAUUGGCGAUUCUCCUCCCCAGUCCCUUGGAUGCACAUGUAAGGCGCCACCAGACUCUUCUUCCUGAACUUUGGCCUUGCCUUCGAAGACUGCACUGUCUCCUUCAGACGCAGCUGUCCAGGAGGUCAGCUCACCUGCAGGCUUGGGCAUUCACAUUGUGCUGGGUUCCAGGCCCCUGACCUCCUCCGUUCUCCAGAAUCUGAGCUCACCUGAGCUUCUGCCCUCCUCUCACCGUCACUGUCCCCUGAAGAGGCUCCUCGCAGCCCUCACCUGGCACCUGGCAUUAGCAAGUGUCCAGAGGCUCCCUUCCAAGGCCUCUCCCAUCUCCAUUCUCUUCUUUGAAAAAUAAUCAGUGUGUGUGUGCGUGCGUGCGUGCAUGCGUGUGUGUGUGUGUGUGUGUGUGUGCGCGUGCGUGCGUGUGUGUGUGUGUGUGUGCGCGCGCGUGUGUGCGUGUGCACAUGUCUGCCUGCGUGUGUGCAUGUGAACCACAUGUCUGCCUGCUGCUGGUAGAGAUCAGAAGAAGGUAUUGGAACCCCUGGAACUGGAGUUGUGUGCCACCAUGUGGGUACUGGGAACUGGACCCAGAUCAUCCGGAAGAGCAGCAAGUGCUUUUAAAGGAUGAGCUAUCUCUACACCCCCCUCCACUCUCUUUUUGAUGUGUCUUUUUCAUCCUCGAGCUCCAAUCCCCACCUCUGUUGCAUAUAUUUCCGUCUCCAGUCCAGGCCCCCCCUGACAACACUUGGAAACCCACAGCCUCCUCACACUUGCCUUGUGUACAGUGAGCCGUUGGCCUUGUUUAAGACACAUGAGUUCUUGAUCGCCAGUAGCCCUCUGUCCCUCACCUAAUCACACCAGGCCCAUCCAGUCUCACCUCCAAACGGGUCGGUAAACCCCACUGAAACUGGCUUCUCUGCACUUAAGCUUGGUUAACCUGACAAAAACUGCUGGCACCUUGCGUCAUGACCAUUGCAGCUUUCUCUAGUUAUAUUCACCGGAACCACUCAGCCUCCCUUUAAUCCAAAACAAAAAUAAUAUUUCUUGCCAGGACCCCAAAGAUACUGUGAGCCUGGCUCUGCCCCCCAACCCGCUGUCACAUCCAUCCUUUGCACUGCACUGUGUAACCAAAGGCCUGCGCUGGAAUUUGCCUUGCUCCAUCCUGGGCCUUUGCCUGUCUUUUCUCGUUCCACUUGACUGAUGCCUAUCCAUUCCUCUUUUGGAUACGAUCUGCCUGGAAAAUGCCACUUGAUACAUGUCCUGUGUAGAAGUCACGAUUCUCUGAGUACAGACUUCUUGCAAGUCACAGGCGUGAUUUUACACAUUUGCAGGAUGACUUAAUGUGUGUGUUUCUCUAUUAUUAUGGUGAACGCUAUGGGGGCAGGGACAGAGCCAUAAAGUCCCCAGUGACUCCCAGUGAAGGAAGAGACCAUUGGAAAAGCAAAAUUGUACCAAAUCAUUCUGGGUUAGAACUUGUUUGUUUGGGGUAAUUCACGAUCUCCCUUACGAUGGAAGUCCCAUGAAUGCUUUCAGUGAGUGCAGGCCUCUUUUGGGAAGCCCACCCCGGCAGGUGGAGAACUAAUAAAUCGAACCAGAGAUUUAAGCGCC